AUGGAUAAUUUUUCCUCUCAGUCUGAACCCGAUGUUUCCUGCCCUGAAGUGGAUGUCAGUUGCUACAGCACAGGACAUCGGUGGCAGAACAUGUCAGCUCCACAACUGAUCCCCAAGUUCUACAUUGCUGUGCCCAUCAUUUACUCUGUUAUCUGUGCUGUAGGACUCACAGGCAACUCUGCUGUCAUUUAUGUCAUCCUAAAAGCUCCCAAAAUGAAGACAGUGACCAACAUUUUCAUCCUAAAUCUGGCUAUUGCUGAUGAGCUCUUUACUUUGGUUCUUCCCAUCAACAUAGCAGACUACCUGCUGCUUCAGUGGCCUUUUGGUGAAUUCAUGUGCAAACUGAUUAUCUCCAUAGACCAGUACAACACAUUUUCAAGCAUUUAUUUUCUAACUGUCAUGAGCAUUGACCGAUACCUGGUGGUGGUUGCCACUAUCAAAUCAAAGAAAAUAUCCUAUCGCACAUACAGGGCUGCAAAGCUGGUGAGUGUGAGUGUCUGGUUUUUUGUCACAAUAAUUAUCUUGCCCUUCAGUAUCUUUGCCAAGAUACAUACUGAAGAAGGGAGAUCCCAGUGUGUAUUUGUCUUUCCCAAUCCAGAGGGCUUCUGGUGGAAAGUUAGCCGGCUCUACACCCUGAUUGUGGGUUUUGCCAUCCCAGUGUCCACCAUUUGCAUCCUGUACAGCACCAUGCUUUACAAACUAAGGCACAUGCGUCUCCACAGCAAUGCUAAAGCCUUGGACAAAGCCAAGAAAAAAGUGACCAUAAUGGUGCUGGUAAUCUUGGCUGUGUGCCUGCUUUGUUGGACGCCCUAUCACCUCAGCACUGUGGUAGCCCUCACCACAGACAUACCACAAACCCCUCUGAUAAUUGGGAUCUCCUAUUUCAUCACCACACUGAGUUAUGCUAACAGUUGUCUCAACCCAUUCCUUUAUGCUUUUUUAGAUGAUACUUUUCGGAAGAGUUUCCACAAGUUGAUUGAAUGUGGGAGUUCCUCAUAA